GAAUAAUUAAACACCAAUUUGUAUAUUUAUCCACAUUUCGGACAUUUAGAAAGUUUACAGCAGGAGAGGAAAAACAUGCUCAAGAAGGAUAAAACCCUAUCUUGGAUUAUAUAUUGCAUUAAAAUUGCUUCCAUUCUCUGUAUAAAUGGUGAUAAUAAACAUGUUAAUAUUGCUAUGGAACAAACUACACAUGCUUCAAGUGCAAAUGGAACUGAAAGUAAUACAGCAGUAAAUGGAAAUUUUGAUGUAGACAAUUGUUUCAAGUCAAAUACUGAUGCAGCAGUGAAUGAAUGGUUGUUGGUAUCAUUUUCUAAAAAAUAUUUUAUUAGGUCAAUUAGAAUUCUUAACUCUGAUAAUAAUUUUAGUAUGAGACAUCUAGCUCUUUUGACUACUGUCUUUGAUUCACUAGAUUUUGAUCAAUAUACACUUUGUGGUUUUGUUGAGAUUUUAAUACCAAUUAAACAAUCUGCAACAAUUGAUUGUUUAAAAGGUCCACAAUAUGCAAAAUCAGUUGCUGUUGAGAAAAGAUUACAUUAUGGUAGUCUUUCUAUAUGUGAAAUUGAAAUUUGGACUAUGAGAGAUCUUGAUAGAAAUAAAGUUGACUUUACUGGUAAAGCUGGCUAUAGAUUAAUAGCUAUCAAUGAUGGUCAAAGUAGUUCUGGAAGGACAGUGAACUGUGGCGAAACGAGGAAAGUAUUUCCUAGUUGGUGGAUGAUUAAUUUGGAAAGUGAAAGUGAGAUAUAUGCUGUAUCUAUUGUUAGCAGGGCAAAUUUUGUAGCCCGUCUAAAUUUUGUAAAAAUACUUGUAUCAAGCAAUAAUACUGAUCCUCCUUGGAUACCAGAGAAACUUUGCAAUAAAAUUGAAACAGCUUCAUCUUACAUCACUAGAAGAUGUAAAAAAUCCACAAUUGGCCAAUAUGUUGCAUUGUAUAAAUAUGUUGAACUAGCAUCAAACAUUCUCUCCAUCUGUGAAGUUGAAGUAUUUGGUUCUUCUUCACAAGAUACAAUUUCUGUUUAUUGGGUAAUUAAUACUGUAAACUCUACAAGUCAACAUUAUACUACUCAUGAUAAUAGGAUUUGUUCCUUGAAAACUUCUCAUACAAUUGGUAUUGCCAAAUUCAAAACAAAGAGUAUUAUUGUUGAAUUAAAAGGUGUAUCACUUUUAGAAUCUUGCUUUAAUGAGGCAGCAAAAACAUAUACAUCUUCACAGAAUAAUGUUGAAGAAUGCAGGCUGUUGAAUACUACUGAUGGUUACUACUCUGAAAUUGAUAUGAUGGAUUCUUGUGUUUUUCAGUGUUAUUGUCAACCAAAUAUUUGUUUUCACAUUCAUUUAAUCACUUUUCAAUCAAAACUACAGUCUUUAAAUAGAGAUUUUUUUGUUAUUGUUAAUGUCUGA